UAUUCUUAUUCAUCAAGUAUAUUUCAACCAUCGUUCAAAUGUUUCGUAGAAAAGGCCAGAAUAAAUCUGCUUUAAGGAUAACUUUAUUAAUGUUCGAAUUUAUGCUUCUAUUAAAUUUGAUCAUGAGAAUAUGCAACGGGCAGUUUCCUGAAUUGGAAAAUGCUGUUCUGGCAGAGCCUAGAGUUGAUUGUGGAGUAGAAUCAAUCACUGUAUGUCGAGUGUGGAUCCGAAUGGAGAAGCCAUUCCAUGGAAGGCUGUACGUUGAAGAUGAGGUUGACCAGCCGGAAUGUGUUCACAGUUAUGCUAAGGAUUGGGGGUCGGAUUCUGACGGGCCACUGGAUUCUCGUGGUGCUGACUUUACAAUUCGUUUUGGGCAAUGUAAUAUGCGGCGGCAACGACUGGUGAUAGUUAUUAUAUUAGGAAGUCGAGAGUUUUUUCAAUUUUUAAAAUUUAGCCCAUUGGUAACUUCCAUUGUUGAGCAUGAGUUCACCUUACCACAUUGCUCAUAUCAGCUGAAACAACGUGGAGUGGAUGGUCCUCUCAUGAAAUAUGCAACAAUUGGAGAGCCGAUCACACAUCUCUGGCAAUGCGAUCCAAUUGCUGGAUGGCUUUAUGGAUUAUUAAUCCACUCUUGCUUUGUGGACGAUGGUCAUGGAAAGAACCGAUUUGAUCUUAUCGAUGAAAGAGGUUGUGUCACGGACCGUUCACUCCUUGCAGAAAUUUCUUACGACGAGAAGGCAUUCACUGCAUAUGCACAUACACAUGUAUUUCGUUAUGCCGACAGAAUCCAAUUAUUCUUCACUUGCACUAUCCAACUUUGUUUUAGAGAAGAUGGUGGAUGUGAUGGGAUUUCACCACCACAAUGUAAUAAAGGAAAAGUUGGAUCACCAUUUCCAGAAACCCCAGUUUCGCCUUCAUUUGUGCCUAUAGAUUCUCAUGAAGAAUCACCUAUUUUUAGAAGAGGGCAUCUUCACAGCAAAUCCUCGCUUUCUUUAAAAGACAGUCCGAUUUUAACGAUAAAUAAUGAGAGCGUUAUUGAAGAGCAACUUCUCGGAGACACGUUUCAACCAUCACUUAACAAUCAUAGUCGUGCGGGUAGGAAUGCCGCUCUUGAAUUCUUGAACAACCGAAUGGAGACAGAUUUGAGCGCUGAUUUAACUGUCGUGCCGAGAACAAGUAAUGGAAUGGCUGAAAGAAGCAAGGAUGAGCGCAUGGCUGGAAGAGGUUUGACACUUAAUUAAAAGAAAAGAAUAGUGUUUAGAUCCAUUCAUCCGUGUGUUUCCGAUAAAGAAUGGAGAAUAUGGCACAGCCACGCCCCAGAUCUAUUCAUUAGAUUCCCAGAGGUUUGGAAGCUUUGAGGUUCUAGCAAUUGCAGUAGCAAGUUUUUUGAUUACAAUCACGU